AUGUUCGCAGUAUAUUUUCAUGGGCAGUAUAGAGGUUCUGAUGGUCUAAUAGACAAAUUUGAUGAAAUGAGAAUCUUUACAAUUCGUUCAGACGAAAACCUUGAGAAGACUCUAAAUGACUUUCAAACUCAAAUGAACAAAUACUAUUGGGAAUUUCAAGAAAAAUACGACUCUUUACUAAAUGGAACAUACUAUCUGAAACUAGAAUACAACAAGAUGAAUUCCACCGUUUCAUUUCAAAAGAUUGAAAUUAACCCUCCAAGAAGUACAGAGUUUUUAUUUUGGGAAGUAGACAAACGUUCUUGGGCACAAUUUCUUCGGUUACUAAACCAGAACGAACCAUUACCACCUGACGGUCCGUUUAAAUUUAUACGCCCACCAACAGAUUUGACAGUUUAUAGAAACGUGUUCGACCCUCAAAAUGUCAUGUGUCAUGCAAGUUUCAGUUCAAGCAACAACAGUUUUCUUUGUAUUGGUAAGGACUUUUAUGACUUUGCUUCUAAAUUCUACGAACCACCUAGUAACAGUUUCUCUGACUUUCAAGUUUGGUUCACAACAAAUGGUGUGCAACAUAUUAUUCCAUUGUACUAUGACUUUUAUCUCGAAUUGUCUUUCAUAUACAACUACGGAAAAGUGCUGAAAAAGUAUUGA